UCAGCUUUUGCGUUGUACGAGAAUCGAUAAAGAUACAGUAUGCUUGUGAUGAUUCAGUUGUACGUUAUGUUUUAGCAGCAGCCUUCCAGUCGCCAACGCGGAUCGCUACUUCAUGCUUUGAUCAAGCAUGAUAGGGCUGGGACACAUUCAUCGCCGGGCAUUGGUAGCAAUUCUUAUUGCCCUUGUAUUCAUAUACUAUAGGGUGUCUACUAGAGCCGCAAUUAAUCCUCCAGGAGUCUUCCCGAAACCACAGUAUACCCCCGGCGCAUCAAAGUCCGUGGACUAUGAACACACACGGACGCUUGUUAUCGCUCGAACAUCUUCUGAAGAUGUGAGCUGGAUAGAGGAGGAGCUUGGCUCCUCAUCCUCCCUCCAAACGGCUAUCUACACCGUCGACUCCCCAAUACCUCCCUUCACCGUACCCAAAAACAAAGGCCGAGAAGUCAUGCCGUACUUGACAUACAUCAUUACACACUACCACAACCUCUCCGAUGUUACAAUAUUCAUGCAUGCGUCACCCGUGGCGUGGCACAAUAACGACCUUCUGGACGAUUCGUCGCCGAUGAUGCUGCGUGCGCUGUCCUCACACAAGGUGGUGCGAGAUGGGUACUUCAAUUUGAGGUGUCACCAGAGCCCUGGAUGCUCAGAUCAAGUCCACCAUUUGGGGGCGGAGUUCGGGCUCGAGAAUCCCAAACUUGCAGCGUUUGCAACGGCAUGGAGCGAACUACUACCCGCGAGACCGAUGCCGAAGGUGCUGAGACAGCCUUGUUGCUCGCAAUUUGCGGUCAGCAGGGAGAGAAUUCAGGCGCUGCUUUUGGAGCAGUAUGAGUUCUUUCGGGACUGGGUGCUCGCGACAGAAUUGACCGAUGCGCUGUCAGGUAGGGUAUGGGAGUAUCUUUGGCAGUAUAUCUGGACUGGGCAGCCGGAGCUCUGUCCUGAGGUGCAUAUAUGUUACUGUGAUGGGUUUAGAUUGUGCUUCGGUGGAGAGGAGCAGUACAAAGAGUAUAUAAGCCUUGGAAGGGAAAAAGGGAAUCUAGAACGGGUCAUUGAGGAUGACAAGAGAAUCGGAAACCAGGAGGCACAAAAGCUGGUGCAGGCGCCGAAGAGAAUCGUUGAACUGAAUGCGAAGAUGACAAAGGUAAAAGAGGAGGCUUUCGAGAGGGGCAGAGAUCCCAAGAAGAGAGCAGCGGAAGUGGGACGGCCAUGGAAAGAGGGCGAUGGCUAUUGACCGGUGGAUGUCACGAAAAGCACCAUAGAAUUAGAUCAUGUGGUCCUGGCGGGUGUGGCGGGAGCAG